GGCAUUGUCAAAUUUCAUUUAAUGAACACCAGCAGUGUCAUUCGCUCUGACCUUAUUUCAACUGCUUUGCGGGUUGUCUGUUUCGCAUUGUUCCUCUAUACCUGAACAGUAUACUACAAUCUCUUUGCAAUUUGUAAGUGAGUUGUGAUUGGUCAUAAUCUUAUGCCUGAAGUUCACCGACAAUUGCGCCUGGCUCCAUGGCAACAGCUGCCAUGUCUUCAUCUACUAUAGAUCUCGGUAACGUGAGUGAGAUCACGGAACAUUCUGGAGAACCAACGUGCAAUAUUUCCGUUGUGCCGAUUGCCCCUGUUGUUGAAGAUCCCGAUCAGGGAUGGUUCUGGGUGAAUCUGAUACUCUUCACCAUCUUCACCUUUGGUUCUGGUCUAUACUCGGCCCUGACGACAAGUUUCUUUUCCCAGGACCUCACCAGGCUUGAGGUAUGUCUUCGCCAGGGUACCCGAAGCGAAAAGGUCAACGCCUCCCGGGUCAUGAGGCUUCUGAAGUACCCCAAUUUACUGAUUGUCACGCUCAACAUGGGUAACGUAGCCGCCAUCGUGUGCCAGCCAAUCGUCUUAGCCUACAUUAUUAGCCCGAUACUGUCCGUUCUUGUUUCAGCAAUAACUGUUUUCAUCUUCAAUAAGUUAUUACCUCAGCUCGUUGGUGAUCGACAUGGAUUGGUUCUUGCCGCAAAUAUGGCAUGGUUCGUUUAUAUAUCAAUUGCAGUGUUUUUCAUCAUAGCUUGGCCUGUUGCCAUGCUGCUAUCAGUGUUAAUCGUGAAGAGGAAAGACAGAUUUUACGAGCGAGCAGAACUCAAGGCCCUGAUAGAGCUCCAGAUGACAUCACCAGACGCUGCAGCUGAACAGCAUACCCUGACAUAUGACGAAGUUCACAUUAUCAAGGGAGCAUUGGAUGCUGAGAGUAAGGUUGCCAUGGACGCCAUGAUACCACUGGAUAACGUUAGCAUGUUGGACUAUGAUGGGGUUUUUGACAGGAAGACUAUGCAGUUGCUUGCUACACAGAAAUUCUCGCACGUUCCAGUCUAUAAGAACCACCGUAAAAACGUCCAAGGCGAGUUUGUGAUCAAGGAACUAAUUCUCCUCGACCCCGAAGACCAAGAGCUAAUCUCUACGUCGUUCAACAGAUUCGGUCGUUCUCUCCAUUUCAUUCCGUCAAGUAGACCUCUAUAUGAUAUAUUCGAUGAUAUGAACCUUGGGCGUUACCGAAUAGCUGCCGUGCUUGAUGAUGACACAGAGGUUGUUAUCGGAUUCCUAACGCUACAGAACGUCUUGGAUGUGAUUCUAGGUCAAACUCGAGCCCUUAGUCGACGGGACUCAUCUGGUACGAUGAAGAUGGUCCAGUCUGGAUUACAACUUGCCAUGGAACGCCGGAGGUCCCUUCACGCUAGCAAUACCCUUGUUUCUGAAGGAAAUCAUCGACCUACUGAAAUUACCCCUUUGAUCAAAGAAGUUUCAUGAUCAAAAUGAUUUCCGAGACUUAAACUAACGUGGAUGAGAUGGCACCAAUUAGAGAUGAAGUGAAUUUCUACAGUCUAAGAAUACAGACCUCAUGCAUGUAUACCCCAAACGACAUUCUAGAUUAGCCAAUGGAGCAUAAUAAUAAUCUUACGUUAAUAAAAGAAUAAGAGCAACAGAAUAAGACAUAUAUAAAGUAGUAUUAGUUAAGGUAAAUAUAGUAGGAUCCCUAGUUGCCACGUUGGUGUUGAAGGUGUUAGUUUUAUUAUCAUUAUUAUUAUUAUUAGUAGUAGUAGUAGUAGUAGUAGUAGCAGUAUAGUAGUAGCAGCAGUACUAAUAGUAUUAUUAUUACUAUCAUCAUAAUUAUGAUUAAUAUUAUUACUAGCACUAUUGCUACUACUACUACUACUACUACUACUACUACUACUAUAAUUACUACUGCUAGUACUACCAUUUUUAGUUUUAUCCGUUUUGGUAGUGGUGGUGGUGGUGAUGGUAGUAGUAGUAGUAGUAGUAGUACUAUAGUAGUAGUAGUAGUAGUAUAGAAGUAGUAGUAGUAUUAGAAGUAGUAGUAGUAGUUAAGUAGUACUAGUAGUAGUAGCUGUCGUAUUAGUGGUUGAAGUAGUAACAAUAGUAGUAGUAGAUGCAGUAGUAGUAGUAGUAGUAGUAGUAGAAGUAGCGGUUGUUAUAGUAUUUUCUUCAAAAUGAACAGUUUCAAAUAUCUUACAAUAUUUCAUUAUCAUUCUUUUUUACAAAAUAAUACAAAUGCAAAUUGAUAAAAGUGAAGUAAUUGGUUAUAUUAAUCGCAAUUCUCGAUAUGGUGGCGCUCUUCACAAUCUCCAACUCCACUCCAGUUUGAUGAAGAGUUUGGUAAACCUGGGUCCCACUUAUCGGUCCCACAGCACACAGACUAGAUACUAAUUGUACCAAGGUCGUCAAUUGUAAAAAUCACCUGUAUAAUUACUUGCAAAGAUAUGUAUCCUUGCAGGGACCCUGAAAUUUACCACAACAUUAGAAAACAUGAUAAUUAAUAGGGUGGAAUAAGUGGUUGCAUAGAACAAAAAUACAGCUUGUCACCAGUCCUACCGUAACAUUAGCCACACUCUUUGGGAAAAUCAAGUUCAUUUAAUAUCACUAGUGUACAGAUGGGGGGGGGGGGGGUGCCCAUGGACUCCCACAACUUUUCACGACC